AUGAAUCAAAUUGAAACGUGUGCCAACUUGGACCCAGACUACGACGGAAAGACCAAAACUCGUAGGGACUUGAAAGCCAAGCGCACCUGCGCCUUAGACGCUUGCCCGGAACUGGUGACACCAGCGAGGCGACACUGGUUCUUUCAGGAUUACAAACUGGAGGACUGGAUCGAAGAGAGCGAAGCCACGGACUACUACGUGGUCAGCUGGAACGCCGAGUGGCAGCUGACAGCAGACUGCGGGGAGGAAGGAGUACGAGCCGUGCUGCUGUCACACAAAGGACCCAACACCGACGAAAUCGCCUGUCUCCGCGUGGUCUUCCCACGCUUCCCCGGGCGAGUCAUCCCAGAUGACAAGCACAACAACGGGAAGAAACGAAGUUUCAACGACACUUGCAGGAACGCGCUGAGCGGACAGCUUCUGCGUCUCCGAAGUCGUGCAACGUUCGGAGGCCAGUUGCUCGGUCCGGACCAGUUUGGCGACCUGGUGAGCAGGCCGGGCGCGGUGGAACCGAUCACGGGCGUCGAACUAGACGAACGCCCAGGCUCGGCGUUGCAGCGUGCCAACAACGUGCCCGCUGAGGACACCAUCAAAGGGGUCAUUGCAGCGCAUGACCUGACCGAUGACCACGCGCAGGCAUUCCGCUCAUCCGUCAAACAUCUCGUCACGGCGGCACAGGGCCCGCCUGGCAAAAGGAAAACGCGUUUCGCCGCCGCGCUAGCCAGGAUUUGGGCACAUGUCGCUGGACUCGGUUCUUCUGUUCUCGCCGUCGCUGGCUCCAACGCAGCAGCAGACCAGGCGGCCGCCGCCUUCGAAACAGCGCGCAGAGAGGACCGCCUCGACAACUUUCCGCAAUGCCCGAGCUGCGCUGUGCGACUUGCAGUGGACGAACGCAUUGCGCAUCCUGGCGCUCGCAAGUUGUCCGCCACCAGCCGCUAUCGACGUGCGUGGACACUCGAACCCACCAGGUCCAACAAGAGUAAGAGCUGGCGCAAGUCCAAAGACGACCUCAGCAGCAAAUGCAGCAUCAUCAUCGCGACCCACGAAGGCUCCUGGAGGCUCGACCAGCCCAGCGCACCCAAGGUGACCCUAGGUAUCACCGACGAGGCCGGCCAGGUCAACGAGGUCUUUGCUGCCAUCUCCAUCGGCAUCAUGGUCGACUGUGGCGCCCACAUCGUUCUCGUGGGCGAUCCCGGGCAGCUCCCGCCAACGGUGCAGUCCGGGUGCCACCCCGACGUCCUUAGCUUCUCCAGGUUCGCUUACUACGACGAGAAGAUCGAGUCAGGCCUCAUCGCACCACUACAAGACCGUCCCAUUGUCAACGGGCUUCCGUGGGUCAAGCACCGUCCACUGGACAACGGGCGACUGGAUCAUGUCGCCAAACAGCAAGGAAAAGACGUGGACGAAUUCAUGGGCGAGAUCUGCGACCUACGCGCCGAGGGGGCGAUGCCUGGAGACGUCUCCCGUGUGCUCAUGAUCGACAAUCCACGUGCGGACAGCGCCUCCGCUAUCAAGAGCGGCUGCGCCGACCUCCACGGCGCUGCCACAUGCCUUGAAGUUGUUCGCGCGCUUGGCCCCGCCAUGCUUAACUUUGAACCAACCGUCGAGGUGAUCGCCCCCAACGCGGCGCAGCGGACCGUGCCGUGCGGCGGGUGGCCGCAGGGCAAGAGUGGUUUCUGGAAGAACGCCGCGCUGGCUGAAUCGAAGCAGGGUAAGAAAAGCCAAGGCGCCAGCUGCCCACUCGCUGGCCCCCCGACUGCCGACAGCGGUUUGAUACUUUCGUUCAAGGGAUUGGCCGAAACGUUCCCCGACUUGACGGAGUUGGCGGGCCCGGGAGGCGCAGGCCCCCACGGGCGGGCGGGCAUCGGAGCAGAGCGGCCGAGGUCGCAGCACGGCAUGGACGAGGUGGCGGCUGCCUGGUGCCAGGAGCCCGCCGCGCUCUCCGACAGCCUGAUCCGGGGCCUCAGCUCCCCCGCAAGUCUGCGACACGUCUGCCUGUCCCUGCGGCGCAGUGAGGCCCGGAGGCUGCCCGGCGGCGCCUGCUGCCUGUGCGGCCGCUCGGGCCCGGGCAGGUGUGCCGUGGAGGCCGCUGGGCGGCCCUGCGCGCUGCUGAGCCACUGCGGCGCGUGCGGGCGGUGCAAUCGCAGCCGCGCCGCGGCGGCGGCCGCCGCGCCGUGC